AUGGAUAAUCUGGCGCCUGCGCUGCAANAACUGCGUCUCGCGGAUGCACCUUCUGGAGGAAUUGAUGCCAUCCUCGACCAACAACGCCCACGAAAGCGCACCAGAAGGUCGCCUGAUCGCAUCCGUUCCAGCUUGGAGAAGGACUUCUUGGCUCCAUCUACAUCCUUCAGCACACCAUGGCUUGAUCGUCUACAGCAGCGCUGGGAUUGUCCAACAAAUUACGAAGAGCUCUUCGAGCUGGCUCCGACUCAAACGCGUACCAUCAUCAGGUUUACCCGCGAAGGUCUCGAAGGACGCGUCACUGGUUACAAGGAAGUUACUGUCCCAGCAAACAGCGCCACAGCAAAGAAUUCAACUUCGAUUUUGAGAAAGCCCGCGAACCGCGCAGACUUUGUGCGUGGUGCUGCGGGCUUCUUUCCCNUCGCCCCUGGUGGUCUUGAUGCAGUCGAAGCCACUGCUGCCGCCGAGGAACAGCUUCUGCUCGGAAACCAAGCUAAUGGUACUGUCAAGCAAAGCGGACUGGACAAAGUCAUCAAUUUCGGCCCUGAUGGUGCUUUGCUUGAGCUUCCUCCAGGAUUUACUCGUGGUCUUGACCUGCAGAAGAAGGCUCCUACAGACCAGGCCACCGCUCAGGAAGUCGAGACUGUAUUGGAAGAAGAACCUCAAGAUCCUGUUACUGCCAACGGAGAGACCGACGAAGCUAAACCAGCUGACGAAGAUGAAGAUGAAGGAGAGGAGGAAGAAUUGGACGCACUUCUCCCAGUUGAAUUCCCUGCAUUAGCUGCCCGAGGCCAGCUAGGUCUUUCAAGCAACAAGAGAUCUGGCCACGAAUGGGCGCACAUGGUUGAUGUCAAUCGGCCCAUGCCCAACUUUCGAGAUCUGGUUCCUGAAAUGGCUCGUGAAUGGCCAUUCGAACCUGACACCUUCCAAAAGGAAGCUAUCUAUCACUUGGAGAAUGGAGACUCCGUUUUCGUGGCUGCUCACACCUCUGCUGGAAAGACUGUCGUCGCAGAAUAUGCCAUUGCAUUGGCAGCUAAGCAUAUGACCAAGGCUAUCUACACUUCACCUAUCAAGGCUUUGAGUAAUCAAAAGUUCAGAGAUUUCCGUCAAGAAUUUGACGAUGUUGGCAUUCUGACAGGUGAUGUUCAGAUUCGUCCAGAGGCAAGCUGUUUGAUCAUGACUACCGAGAUUUUGAGAAGUAUGCUCUACCGCGGAGCGGAUAUCAUCCGCGACGUCGAGUUUGUCAUCUUUGACGAAGUGCACUAUGUCAACGAUCUGGAAAGAGGUGUUGUUUGGGAGGAGGUCAUUAUCAUGUUGCCCGAGCACGUCACUUUGAUCCUGCUCUCUGCCACUGUACCGAACACUCUUGAAUUUGCUUCAUGGGUCGGCCGUACCAAGAAGAAGAACAUCUACGUCAUCUCUACACCCAAGCGUCCUGUGCCCCUGGAGCAUUAUCUCUGGGCAGGUAAAGAGAUGUACAAGAUUGUCAAUUCGGAUAAACAAUUCAUCGAGAAAGGCUGGAAGGACGCGAAUGAUGUGCUGUCCGGUAAAGACAAGAUCAAGGCAGCCGAGGAGAAGCAAGAAGCUGCUGCUGCCGCCGCUAGAGGCGGUGGUUCUCAGAGGGGUGGACGCGGCCAGGGACAACGUGGCGGCCCCCAGAGAGGUGGUGCUCAGCGCGGCGGAGCACAACAACGUGGUCGUGGAGGCGCACCUGCUCCCCGCGGCCAGGGCAAUAUUGCACGUACUGGUCGUGGUGGUGGCAGAACGACAGCAGCCCAAGAUCGCAACAUCUGGGUGCACUUGAUUCAGCACUUGCGCAAGGAAGAUCUGUUGCCCGCUUGUAUUUUCGUCUUCUCGAAGAAGAGAUGUGAGGAAAACGCAGAUGCCUUGUCAAACCUGGAUUAUUGCACAGCAACCGAGAAGAGUGCGAUUCACAUGAUCCUGGAGAAGUCACUUGCUCGACUGAAGCCAGAGGAUCGCCAACUGCCUCAGAUCAGACGUCUGCGCGAGCUGCUUAGCAGAGGUAUUGCAGUCCACCAUGGUGGCAUGCUGCCUAUCGUCAAGGAGUGCGUCGAAAUCUUGUUCGCCAAGUCCCUAGUCAAGAUUCUGUUUGCUACCGAGACCUUCGCCAUGGGAUUGAACUUGCCAACCAGGACUGUCGUAUUCUCAGGUUACCGAAAGCAUGACGGACGCCAGUUCCGCGAUCUCUUGCCUGGUGAAUACACACAAAUGGCUGGCAGAGCAGGAAGAAGAGGUCUGGAUCCUGUUGGUUCGGUAAUCAUCGUCGCUCCGGGAGCAGAUGAAGCACCGCCAGCUGGUCGACUGAGACAGAUGAUGCUGGGCGAUCCUACCAAGCUUCGCUCGCAGUUCAGACUGACCUACAACAUGAUUCUCAAUCUUCUUCGUGUAGAAGCUCUCAAGAUUGAAGAAAUGAUCAAGCGCAGUUUCAGUGAGAACGCGACUCAAGCAUUGUUGCCUGAGCACGAACAAAAGGUCAAAUUGUCAGAAGCAGAUCUUGCAAAGAUCAAGAGAGAACCUUGCGACAUUUGCGACAAAGACCUGGAAGAAUGCCAUACCGCAGCCAUGAGAUACCAGCAACUCACAUCGGACUUGCACCUUGCCCUUCUCGGCUCACCCAUUGGUAGAAGAAUGCUGCAACCAAAGAGAUUGGUUGUGUACAAGAGAGAUGGUGUCAGGACCGUUGGUGUUCUGCUACGCGAAGGCGUAUCCAAGGGCAUUUCGCCCAGUCUGUCGGUCAUGGAAGUUGUUCCUUCAAAGUCGAAGAGACAGAACGCUGAUUUGCUGCCUUACCUUCCUCGAUACAGGCGCCGCUUCACUCCUCAGCCUUCAGCUCCUGAGCAAAUGAAGCUUAGACUCGCAACAGUGCCAUACAGUGAGCUUGAAUGCUUGACUGGAAGCACCCUACAGUUUGACGUCACUGGCGCAUCGAGCAAGAUGCCAGAAGCUAUGGAACAGCUGAAAGAGCAGUUGUUAGGCGCAUGUUCUAGCUGGACAUCAGCCACCUGGCAGGAAGCCGACUACUCUAGAAUCAAGGAAAUCGGUAUCCGUAACAUCCUGGAUGAGCGCAGCAAGGCAGCGUACGAUGCUCAAGAGGACAAGGAAUGCGCCCUUUGUGAGAACCUGGAUAAGCACUUUGCUAUGAUGCACGAUGAAUGGCUCAUCAAGGAGAACAUCAACCAGUUGCGCGCAUUGAUGUCAGAUCAGAAUCUGCAAUUACUGCCCGACUACGAGCAGCGCAUUGCGGUUCUUAAGGAUCUUGGGUUCGUGGACGAGAACGCUCGUGUUGAGCUCAAGGGCAAGGUUGCCUGCGAGAUUCAUUCUGCUGAUGAGCUCGUAUUGACCGAGCUGGUCCUUGAGAACGUACUUGCCGACUACGAGCCAGAAGAGAUCGUAGCACUACUUUCUGCCUUCGUGUUCCAAGAGAAGACUGACCAGAUCCCGACCAUGACACCAGCAUUGGAGCGUGGACAAGAGACCAUCAUCAAGAUCUCCGAGAAGGUCAACCACUACCAGACUCUUCACCAAGUCAUCCUAUCCGCAGACGACUCCAACGACUUUGUGAGCAGACCUAGAUUCGGCUUGGUCGAAGUCAUCUACGAAUGGGCACGUGGUAUGUCGUUCAAUCGCAUUACCGACUUGACGGAUGUGAUGGAAGGUACUAUCGUCCGUGUCAUUACGCGUUUGGAUGAGACCUGCAGAGAAGUCAAGAACGCAGCAAGAAUUAUUGGUGAUCCUACAUUGUUCACCAAGAUGCAGACCUGCCAGGAGAUGAUCAAGCGUGACAUCUGUGCGACAGCAUCGCUUUACAUGUAA